AUGAAAUGGUAUAUACAAGGGUUGGUGUUUGGAUACCUCAGUGCCCCCCAAAGAACUGGGAGGCAAGGUCGUGGUCUGGAGAGGGAGACGGCCAUCAGGAGCACUCCACUCGACUUCAUGCACUCGAUCGAGCUUGCGGCUCCUCUUCUUCAUCUCGAAGUGGGUGUGGCUUCCUUGGCCUUGGUGGAGCUGGCUCGCUCGAACUGGUUGUAUGGGUUCCAUCUGCUCUGGGGAAGUCCUGGUAAGGUGCUGGAUCGUACUCGAAUCCAGGGUUCUCGAAACUGGGGCUCCUCCAGGUCAACUCGACCUCAGCUCGAUCGAGUUGAGUUUCCUCUGUUUGGACUCGAUCGAGUCCGGUGGUCGAGUUGGAGCGUCUGGCCUUGGAACUCUUCCUCCUUCUCUGUGUGUUGUCCUUCUUCCUUGGCUCAAAGAAGAGGCUCUGUGAGGCUCUUGGGCAGGGAGCCUCCUUGGUGUGGUGAGGAGUGA